AUGCUUCCAAUUAAAAACUUUCGUAAUAUAAUAACUCAAACUUUAUCAAGAAACUUUUUAAUUCAAAGACAUCAAAUACCUGAUAUAAAUUCAAUAUUAAUACUACCAUCGCCAUCAGCAAUUAUUCUUCAUCAAACUAUUUUAAAAGAUUGUCAUUGUCGUCGUUUGCUCUGGAAUUUUUCAAAAUAUAAACAUGUCAGUACAUCAUCAAAAAAUUAUAGUGCCAUUGUAGAUAGUCCUGUUGCUGACGAGAGUAAUUUACGCUCACUAGAACCAAAACAUCUUUCAAAAGAUUUUAUUAAACAAAAAGAUGGUCCUAUUUCUAGAUAUAAAAUGAUCGUUACUUCUGGAAUUAUUAGGGAUGAUGUUUUCCAGCGUAAUAUUAUAGAAAUACUUCAACAUUUACAUGAUAAUUUAAGCGGAUACGAUCUACCUCUUAUAACCGAUUCUAGAGACAAUGUUAAUAAUGAUUCAAUAUUUGGAAAGCUAUCAAAAUUAUUUAGUGUAUCAGAUAAAAAUAUAUCUUUUAAUAAUACCAAAGGAUUAUAUUUAUAUGGUGAUGUAGGAACUGGAAAAACUAUGUUGAUGGAUCUUUUUUACGAUACUUUGCCUGUUAAACGUAAACGUCGUGUACACUUUCAUGCAUUCAUGCAAGAUGUUCACAAACGUUUACACAGGUAUAAAUUAGCCAAUUCCGCAGCCUAUGAUCCAAUUCCUCCUGUUUCAACUGAUUUAGCAAACGAUGCUAUUGUACUGUGUUUUGAUGAAUUUCAAGUCACUGAUAUAGCAGAUGCAAUGAUAUUAAGACGUCUGUUCGAGUGUUUGUUUGAGAGAGGUGUAGUUGUCGUCACAACAUCAAAUCGACAUCCUGACGAUCUCUACAAAAAUGGAAUUCAACGUAAAAGUUUUAUACCAUGUAUUGAUUUGAUAAAGGAAAAAUGUAAUGUGCACACACUAAAUUCAGGAACUGAUUAUCGAAAGAUGUCACGUAAAAUAACAACAAGUACUUAUUUCACACCAUUAAAUGAACAAUCAAAAUCAGCAAUCAAUAAAAUAUUUAAAAGAUUGACAACAGGCAAGCAAGUCAAUGAGGCUAAGUUGGAAUUAUGGGGUAGAUAUUUUACAAUACCAGAAUCAUGCGAUGAUGUUGCAAAGUUUACAUUUCAGGAAUUAUGUUGCCAGCCUAUGAGUGCUGCUGAUUAUUUAGAAUUAACUAAAUAUUAUAAUACCAUCAUACUAACUGAUGUGCCAAGAAUGUCUUUAAGUUUGAAAAAUGAAGCCAAAAGAUUCAUUACUUUAAUAGAUGCAUUAUAUGAUACCAAGGUAGGCAUUAAAUGUUUAAGUUAUGAUGAACACAAAUCAAAUCCUAUAUUUACAGGCGAAGAAGAAAUUUUUGCAUUCGAAAGAACUGUUAGCAGGCUAAUAGAAAUGCAAGGUCAAGAAUGGUCAAGUAAAGUUAUUUUAAAAUUAAGAUCCGGCGAUGACAAAUAUACUUUUAAACCUACUGUUGAAUACAUACACUAG